AUGGCACCAAAUAAUGAAAAGUAUGUCGUCUUCGACAUCGUAGGCACGAUCGUCUCCUACGACAAGCUCGUCGAAGCACUGGAGAACCAACUCGGCGAAAAGCUCCGCGCAGAAAACAUUAAGUCAAGCCUCUUGAUCAAUCUCUGGAUAGAAGCAGCUGAGAGGGAGUACACCUACCUCAGCAUGACGAACCGUUACGUCGAGUUUGACAAGCUCUUCUCCUCCCUCUUCUACCGCAUGCUAUGGCUCUCGGGCAUCGAAGAGCCCCGCAGUUUUGCAACCGAGGCGGAUAUAGAGAAGAUCACGCAGGGAUACUUUACCCUGGAGCCAAGACCUGAUGUCAAGGAGUGCUUUGAGAAGCUGCGUGGUGCUGGGUUUACUGUCCGGGGUCUCACCGCCGGAGAUUAUGAUAGGGUGCUUGGGUAUUUCACCAAGGCGGGUGUUGAGUUCCCUAAGGAGCAUCUCAUCUCGUGUGACUCUUUUGGCGUGGGGAAGCCAGAUCUCAAGGCUUAUGCUUCGACUUUUGAGGAGCUAAAGGGCGCCCAAGAGCUUUGGUUUGCUGCUGCCCAUAUGUGGGAUGUGUCUGCAGCCAAACAGGUUGGGUUCAAAUCUGCGUAUUGCUCCGUGCUGGAGAAGGAGGCCUGUGUGGAUAUCUUUGGAGAGAUGGAUGUCAUGUCGGAGUCUCUCAGUCAGAUGGCAGAUUUGAUCAUCAAGGCUUCAUCUUGA